GGAUUAUACGUAUUUACGAAGCCGCUUGCCAAGUCAACAUGAGAACUUCGUGGGUCCUCUUCGCGAUCCUGUUGUUCGCGCUUCACUACGUGUGGUCGCGUCUACCGUUUCUGUCCGUGGCGGCCCAGUGGUUGGGCACUGCACUGAUUCUCCUGUGUACCGCGCACUGCCUGGCUCGUUACCUGUGGCGUCGGCUAUUCGUGAAACUCGUCGACGGGGAUGGCAAGGCGGUUCUAAUUACCGGUUGUGACACGGGGUUUGGCAACAUGCUCGCCAGGAGUUUGUCUCAACAGGGUUUUCUGGUUUACGCGGGCUGCCUCGACUCCAACACCGAAGGCGCAAUGGUGCUCAAGAAGUGCCGAAACGUCCGAGUGCUGCAGCUGGACGUCACCAAGGACAACCAGAUCGACGAAGCCCUCGAAGCGGUCAAGCGGCACCUUGGAUCGAGAGUUCUCUGGGCCGUGGUGGCCAACGCCGGCAUCCCGAACAGCGGCCUCAUCGAAUGGAUGACCAUGGAGAGCAUCGUCAGAGUGUUCGACGUCAACGUGUUCGGAGUCGUUCGCGUCGCCAAAAAGUUCCUGCCACUGUUGAAGAGAAGCAAAGGACGAGUGGUCAUCGUCACUAGUGCGUACGCAUCAUAUACAUUCCCACUAGCGACGGCGUACUGCAUGAGCAAGUACGCAGCCUUAUCGCUUGUUGACGGUCUGAGGAGAGAGAUGCACAGCAAAGGAGUCGACGUCAUCGCCCUUGAGCCAACUUUGUACAAAACUGCCAUCAACGACAACGUCGGUUCCCUCGAGGCCGUCCAGCGAGACUUGAACAAGCAGGCGCCUGAAGUCAUCGCCGACUACACCGAGGCCGAAGUGAAGAACUGGCUCAAGUCGGCGUCGACCUACUACUCGUACUCCAUGCGUGAGAACCCCCAGGAGGUCGUGGAUCAGAUGAUCUCGGCCGUGAGAGAGACGGACCCGAAGACCUGCUACCCGGCCACUGGACCCUUCGAGUACGCGUCGCUGUGCAUUCUCAGGACUUUGCCGGAUGAAGCGGUAGACUACCUUAUCCUCGGUAUUCGCAAACUGAUCAUCUUUUUCUGUUGAGCCUCGUUUUUUAAG